ACGUGCGCGCGCGCACCGACACACCGAGAGAGAGAGAGAGAGAGAGAGAGAGAGAGAGAGAGAAUGGAGAACAGCGUGCCGGAGACGAAGAAAAUGAUGGAGGGUCGAUUGGCGGAGAGCACGAGGAACAUUCUGGAGUCGUCAGGAGGAGUUGUGUAUGAGGAGAAGAGAAAGCUGUUGAAGUCGGCUCCCAAUCUGAUGGCAGAGCGGAAGGCCUUUACCGGCGCUAAGACCGAAUGGACGAUUCCAGUCUUCUUUACGGACUUGUACGAGCUUCUUCUGUCUUUCACGUUUUUGUUGAGGACCAUCGUUAUGUCCGCCGCCUUGAUGAUUUUGAAAGUCGUUGCAAGGGGAGACGAUGGAAUGGACAUUUUUGCGAGAUCCGACGGGAAGGGUCGUGAACGCAUCGCGGCGAUGACGGAGGCCGAGGAGGUCGGUGAAGGCGUCGAUGGCGAAAGGUGGAAGAUGGCGGCGGGAGAGGAGGGAGAGGAAGAGAGGCGGACUCUGGGCGACAGUGGUGGGGAACUCCGCGCGAGAGGUGGAAGACGAGGAGUAAAGGAUGGGGUAUUCGAGUCCUUUCAGGACUAUACACCUUCGACGAUGAUGGGAAUGUCCUCCGUGGGUGGAGGAGGAGGAGGUCGUUCAGGAGGAGGGGGCGGGGUUGGGUCCCAGGUUGCGUUCGGACAACCCACCCUCUCAUCUGGCAGGAUCGAGUACCGGAGGAGAGGGGGACUAGGAGGAGGGGGGGGCGGAGACCAGUGGACUAGAUCCUCGUCAGCGAUCGGGAUGGCAACAGGAAGCUCGGUGGGAAGAGGAGGAGAGAACGAGGUAGGUAAUGCUCCGAGGAAGGGAGUGGGAGCGAGGAGGAGCUUUCUUGGUUCCUCUGGUGGCCUGGGAGAUGCAGAGGAAACCGUGGUGGGAAGCGGGGACGAAGAGGAAAUGGACUUUUUCCCUGUGGAGUUCACUGAGGAGGAGGGGGAAACGGAUACGGAGGAGUUCUCACGGCAAUUGCGCUUCGUUAUUGAUCCGGUGGGGUCGGAAGACGGGGGAAGGGGGGGGAUGGGGAAGGUGAGAGCCAGCUUAGGGGUUAGCAAGAGUGGGGGGGGAGGGGGGGUAAGGGCGGAGGACGACGUGGUGGCGGCAUUGGAGUUUGACGACGACGAUGUUGUGGAGGUUCACGGUGAUGAUGAAGGGGAGGAUGGAGACGAGGACGAUGCGAGGAAAGGCCCGCUAGUGGAGGAGAAGGAGGAGGACGAGGGGGAAGGAGAGGUAGGGAAAGAAAAGGGGUUGGGAAGUGGGAUCAGGGGGUCUGUGGUUGUGCUGCAAGAAGUUCCACGGGACGGUGGUGUGCAAGAAGUUACACGUGACGGCGGUGCUGAGAGACUCGAGGGGGAGAGGAGUGGGGAUGAACAGGAGGAGGAGGACGAGGAGGAGGAAUUAGGAGUGGAGGGGCCGAUUCCGCGGGCGGUGGGUGAUAGGGGGGCUGAUAUGCCGAAGGAGGAAGCGGAAUUGCAACAUGCAUUCGACACUCUGAAGAAGGAGUUGGAGUUCGAGAGGAGUGCCGCCGCCACGGCCGCGGAGGAGGCGAUGAUGAUGAUCAUGAGGCUGCAGAAGGAGAAAGCGGCAUUGCAAAUGGCGUCGAAGCAGAGCGCGAGGGUUGCAGAUGAGAGACAGGCGUACGACGAGGCAGAGCUGGACAUAAUGAAAGAGCUGCUGCUGAAGAGAGAAGAGGAGAAGAGGAUUCUGGAGAAGAGGAUCAAGACGUACAAGAGAGAAGUGGAGGUGUUCCGGACUGAGAGGUUGAGGAGGCGGUCGAGAGGAGGAGGGGGAGGGGGUCGAUACGGUAGUGAGAGCGAGAGCGAUCACUCGAGGAGACACAGCCUGUCCUAUAGCUCGGGGGGAGGAGGAGGAGGAGGGGUAGGAGGAGGAGCGGUAGGUGGUAGGUAUGGAAGAGAAAGUGAGAAGAAGCCAUUGUUCGCCGGAGAUCACGGGUUCCACUCCGCGCCGUCCGAAGCUGCCGCCUCCAUUGGCGGCGAAAACGAGGAGCACGGCGAUGACGAAGUAGAAGCGCCAUCGACGAAAGUGAAGAAGAGUUUCGCUGGUGUUGGGAGGAUGGGCGGAGGGAGAGGUGGAGGUUUGCAUGACCUGGCGUCGGUCAACGGCACGUCUGCGGACGAGGAGGGGAGAGAUGAGGAUGAUGAGGAUGAGAAGAUGGACGGCGAGGGGUCCGUCGUCAGUGCCGGCGGCGUGAGCGUGCUGUCGUGGAGGGGAAUGGUAGGUGACCUACGCUCCAUCGAUGGUGGGAAGUACUCGGCAGCGGAGGAGAUGGAACUGAUGGGUGGAUUUGCAGGAGCACGAGGAGGUGCCCGAGGCCGGUACGACUCUCAUCACGAUGACGAAGAUGAGCGUUGGAUGUUGAUGUCCCUCGGUGGCUCUGUCAAGUCCUUACCCAGCUUAGUGAAACCGGCCUCCGCUCUAUCGUUAUCCCAAGCCGUAGGAGGAGGUGACAUCGCUACACUCUCUCUCUCCCAGCAGCAGCACGCGUUACUCGCAGAACAGGAGGAAGAGGUGUUGUCGGCAUCACCGAGGUCGUCCAUGAGGUCGUUCAGAGUCGUGGAGGCAGCUUCCGCCGCUUCCGCCGCUUCCGCCGCUCCCGCCGCUCCCGCCGCUGCCGUUGAUGACGACACCGGGUCAGUCAGCAAGCUGCUCGCCUCACCGCGCGCCGCCGCCCCCCCCACGGCGGAAUCCAUCAAGUCCAGUGGUGAGGAGCGGAGAAUGUUCGUCGGUCCAUCGGAAGGAGAAGACGAGGAGAAUGCCGCGAAAGCGGCGAGGAUGAUCGACGACCGGGGCAUGGAGAUAGACGACGCGGCAUCGUGUCGGUCGGGGGCGAGAUCUGUGCGGUCUGACCUGGACCGCGCCGGCGGGAAAGGGAAGCAGAAACAGGACAGACAGGACAGCAGGGUGGAAACGAGAGCGGAGUCAGAUGGGGAGAAAUCCAUGAUGUCGGAGGCAAGGUCGAUGAGAUCAGAGGUUCGCUCGGUGAAGUCGUUGAGGUCGACUAGGUCAAUCAAAGCGAUAAUACCAGGGCAAGCGAACGGGAAGCUGGUGGAAAGUUUCCACAGUGAGGACGUGAGUGCGGAAGAGAGCGACGACCGCAUGGCUUUGCCGCCGAUGGCGGUGGGCGGAGGUUCGCGUGGAGCCGGGGGGGGCGGGGGAGGAGGAGGAGGGAGGAGCUGGUUCGAUCACGAGGAAGACUCCGAUGUGGUUGUCGGCGCAGCCGGGAUCGACUUCUCUUCGCCUUCUAUCUCGAGGAAGGCGCGGGGAGGAAGCUGGGGAAGGGGGGUUAUGUCGAACAGAGCGAGUGGGGGAGAGGAGGACAUGAUGGAGGCGGCGGCAGGGUUAGGAGGGGUGGUGGGGAAAGGAAAGGGAGGUGGUGGGGAUUCGUCGUCAGCGGCGGGAUCGCGACGAGACCACGAGGUUUUGGGAUUGAGAAGCGAGAGGAUUGAGUCGUCUGCGGAUGAAGAGGAGAAUUUGCGCCAAAGUAGGGGGGGUCCAGAGCCGGCAACGAUACCUUCAGUGCGCCGUGGGAGAUCAGAGGCCGAAGACGACGGCUUCGGCGGUGCAGCAGGAGGCAGGCGAGUGGCCAGUAGUAGAAGAGGAUUGCCAGUUGUGGAAGAGAGCAAGCAACGAUAUCCUGACGAAGACGAUUACUACGAUGAAGAGGAGGGAGAGGAGGAGGAGGAGGAGGAAGAGGAGUUGAUGGAAGGCGAAGAAGUGUACACAGAUGAGUAUGAAGAUGGAGACAUGGAGGAAGAGGAGGGAGACGAAGAGGAGGAGGAGGAGGAAGAGGUUGGAUCGACGGAGUUGAGCACUUCGUCUGGAACCGCCUCUCCUCUCAAACAGAAGCAUAUGAAAGUCGAAGAGGAAAUUGACGACUUGUACUGCAGAUUGGAAAUGCUUGCGAGGGAGAAGCAGCUCAUGGCUUCAUUACAAAAGAACGAGCCCGCAUCGCCGUUGUUCGGCGUAAAGGGAGCAGGGGCGCUGAACGGGGACGUGAGGGACAAAAAGCAGCUGCUGCCCACUGCGGCCAAGGAAAUACCAACACUCCGCCCAGAGUUUUCCCCCGGCCUGUUUUCGAAAAAGCAAGAUGUCAUUACAACGGAUUGGGAGUCGAUGAAGAAUAAUGCGGGAGGGAAGUCGACCAAGCAAAACCACGUAACGACUACAACAAAAGUAUUUUGAUUUGAGGGUAUGCAGACUGGAGCGUGUGAGGAAGGGAAGGUGCAUCAAGGGACGUGCCUUCUAGUGCGAGGUCCAUGAUGUGGAUCCAGCGGUAGGUGUGGUCUACUUUCCUACGUGCAAUAGUUGUGUUCGCCCUUGUGUACAUGUCCAUAACUAACUAGCUUGCGAUAGGUUUGUGCAGACUUGUGCUGGUAUGGGCCCUUCUUUUUAUUUGUGGGCUGAUCUGCAGGACAUGGGUGUAGAUAUAAGACGCAUAGUUAGAUAGGCAGGCAGGUAGGCAGGUAGGCAGGCAGGUAGGACAAGAGAGAGAGAGAGAGAGAGAGAGAGAGAGAGAGAGAGAGAGAGAGAGAGAGAGAGAGAGAGAGAGAGAGAGAGACAGGGUGUCGAGCUGUUGCAUUUCAAGUAUGAGUGCAGGGCUGUUGGGCGGUUUAUUUGGGGCAUGAAAAAGGCUGGUAGUAAAUCCGCAGUGGUCCUCUGAAUGCAUUCAGGACCUUGUUCCUGAGGUUUGAAUGGGAUGUGUGGUAUAUGGAACAGGCGAUUGUCUCAGUCUCCAAGUCUCCGGCUGUAACUGCGUAGAUAGCGGUUGCUUUGUCUUUGAUGACAGUAUGUGCAUUUUCUAGGACGUCUUUUUCCCAACGUUAUUGGGGGCACCCUCCUCCCCACUUCCCCCCGUUUUUCUUAUCAGCGCAGGGGUGCCACUUUUGGCUCUCUUUUAUCAAGUUUUAUGUCCUUUUUUGGUCCUGCCUUCUCUGUUUCCCUGCAAGCUUAAUCCUCACCUCCAGGUCCCAGGUGCAUUCGAAGAGGUGGGGCUUGUGUGUAUGGAGUUUGUAGCAUGUGCAUGUGUUGCACGUUACAUUAUGCUGAUUGGGAGAGGAAGGGACGGGGGCGGAAGAUGUGCCUGUGAGAGAGUGAAGACUGGCCGGAGAGGGUUAGCUCUCAGGGUCGGCUGAGCGUACGUAGUCUGUGCAGCGAUCUUCCGCCCCUGUGGGAGAGAGUGAAAGCAGGCCGGAGAGGUUAAGGGCUCAGGAUUGGCCGAGCGUACGUUGUCUGUACGUUGACGGGGGCGGAAGAUGUGCCCGUGAGAGAGAGUGAAGACUGGCCGGAAUGAGCAGCGAUGCUCCGCCCCUGUGGGAGAGAGAGGGCAGGCCAGAGAGGGUAAGGGCUCAGGGUUGGCUGAGCGUAUGCUGUCUGUUCAUUGAGGGUUGGACGAGCGUACGUAGUCUGUCUUACAGUCGAUGUAUGGUCGGGAGGCGAAAUGAGCUGCGAUGCUCGGUCCCUGUGGGAGAGAGUGAGGGCAGGCCAGAGAGUGGAAGGGCUCAGGGUUGGCUGUCAUACAGCGAGGUAAUUUUGCUCUCGAGUCCCCCUUGCCUGUAAACAGUACGGUGGGACAGGUAGGGGAGGGUUAAGGGUCCAGGGUUGGCGGAGUGUACGUUGUUUGUCUUGCAGUCAAUGUACUAUUGGGAGCCUAGCCAUGCAGCGAGGUAAUCGCCGCUCUUUAGGAUUCCCUUGUUUGGACACAGCACUGUUGGACAUGUAGGAGAUGGGAAGGGCUCAGGGUUGGCCGAGUGUACGUUGUCUGUCUCACAGUCAAUGUAUGGUAGGGAAGUGGGACGUGCAGCGAGGUAAUCGCAGCCCUUCAGUUUCCCUUGUUUGGACAUGGUAUGGUGGGACAGGGCAGUUGCCCUCUCUCCAUCCUGUCCCUCACAACCCUCUUCAAACUUUGUGACUUUCGGAGUACAGCAGUGCUGAUUUUUUUUGGAGCAUGCUUUUUGUGAUUUUGAAAGAUUUCUGAGGAGUCUAUGGAUGUUGGGGUCGGUCCGUUGUGCUUCGGCUAACCAUCGGAAAAAUGUGAAAGCAAUGUGAUGCACCACGCGAGUGGACGGCGGUGGUGCGGUGCUAUGUUUCUUUUUUUUUUUUUUUUUUCUCUGCAUUCAGUAGCGUUAGGUUAUUCUUUUCCAGGAGAGAGAUCCACGAGUGACGACUGCAUCCAGUAGUUGUUGUGUGGUUUCAUCACCCGCACUAGUGAUGCCUGGGUGUGAGUGGAAGAGGAGAGAAAAUGAGGGAGACGAGGGAACGAGGCAAGGGGAUGGAGAGAAGGGGAGGAGAUGACCUUGGACCGUCGGAACAUUGCAUUCGCCCAUCUCUGUGACGUGGAUAUCGUGCGGGGAGGGGAUUGUAUAAGGGCCCGAUCUCUCUGGCGGUCUGCAAGGCUGUUCGUCCGGCUUCUCAUGUUGAGGGAUGUGGCUGCAGUGUACUGGAUCGCUUCUGGCAAGCAGAAUGGUAGGAGAUGGUAGGAUGUUGAUGGGUGGCUGCUGAUGCUGGCGAUGAUUGGAAGACCUCUUUUUUGGGAUGAUUGCUGUGGAUGCUGGCAUGAUGGAAAACGUUUUCCUUUUCUUUACGGCUUGUUUUGUCAGCAAACCUGAUGCUGGCGGCGAGUGGGGUCAGCUUCCUUUGAUCUGUAAUCUAAUUUGCACGAACCUAGUUGGAAGUAUGUUUAUAAGGAGGGGUUCAAUGCUCACCUCACUCGCUAUGACUCCAAGACUGUGCUCAAGAGAAGUUAUGACUGUGCACACUUGUGUGUGGUUGUGUGAAGAGAGAGAGAGAGAGAGAGAGAGAGAGAGAGAGAGAGAGAGAGAGAGAAUUCUUUGAAGGAUAGGGUGUGGAUGGUUUUGGGUCAGUUGAGGUGCCGGCAGGGCAGCUCAACAAAAUGGGCUGAUCCCUGCGAGUAUAUGGGCGAAUGGUAAGAGGAGUCUUUGCUAGGCGAACGGUGCGAUAUUUGUUGUGGCAAGCUGGGAAGUUGAUAUGGAAGGUCGAGCGGUGCGAUAUUUGGAAAGUUGAAGUCGAUAUGGAAGACCAAAUUGUGCGACAAAAUUGUGCGACAUUCGGAAAGGCGAUAGUGUUGUUAUAAGCGGGGUUGCGAUUUGGUGAAAUCUGCUGGGGAAUCUUGUGGAGGUGGUUGUGUGUCGGGAGUCUCUUGCUAUGCUGCAACAUUCGUCGUCGUGGUCAAGACCGUUGUAACUAUGUGUGAUGGAGAGGAAUGGUGGGCAGUGGUUUUGUCAUCCAUCCACAAUGGCGGUACAUUGGUGGACAGGUGAAGACGACAAUGGUUGGAUGGUGUAUGGUGGGUGGUAGAGUUCGGGUUGGUUGGUUGGCAGCUGAGGCGGAGGCCUUCUGUUGGGAAUCUGCUGCAAUCGCAAAUGGAUGCGUGCAACGAGAAGCGUGGUGCUGGUAGAAUUUUGGUUAUGGUGGUCACCGACAUUGGUUGUCGCUCUCACACGCGGAUAGACGAAGACAGAUGGUUGUGGGUGGAUGAUGGUGGUAUACUGUUGGUUGGUUGGUUGGUUGGUUGGGAACUGAGCAGAUGCCUCCUGUAGUGGAAAUCUGCUACAGACGUGAACGGAUGUGUUCGAGGAGGAGAAGCGGAGCGUGGAAGGAAUGAAGGGAAAGUGAAGGACAUGAGGCGGUUGGUGAUCCGUCGACGUGAUGACACCGGUCCCGGUUUUUCUUUUUUGUUUUCAUCUUUUGAAGUUUUAAAAAUAUUCUUUCAGAAGCCACCAGGUGCAAGCAAGAACGCGAGCGUCUGGUUAUCGUCACGAUCUCAGUUGUGUCUGAUGAAGUGAUGUGUUUUUGAUGAUGUAUCAUCCUUUUUGGUUGACGAGUAGAGGGCAUGUACGUCUGAAGUCUGAAGUCUGCAAGGGCACCGGUCGACAACGAACAUGUGCUUCUUUAUAUCUUGUUUCAUCGUCACGGUUGGGUUCUGGAGAGCGUGUAGGGUAGGGUUUUAUGGGCGCUGCAAUUCUUUCAUUAUACUGAUGGGCUGAGACCUUCUGCUAUUAUGCGGUCGGUCGGGUUUAUUUUGUUUCAGGCUCGGUGUUCAGCGAUGUACUGAAUUGGCAUUAGAGCUGAAGGUAGACUUUGCGAUGUGAAGUAGUGGCAUGCAGGAUAGACAGCAAGCUGGAGGUGGGCUGCGGUAUUUUCAAUUGAAAGCCGCGGCGGCUGAGGAAGGUCCAGAAGUGGGGGUAGAUUUUUAGGCCCUGCCUGGCAUUACCUAUGCCUGGUUUGUUGCUUUACGGUCGGUCGGUCUUUCUGGUUUCGCGGUGGGACAUGUGAAAUCGAUCUGGGCAGCACCUCUGCGAUGGGUAUGUGAAAUCAAUAGGGGCAGCGGGUCUGUGAUGAUGGGAUAUGGUGAAAUCAAUGUGGGCAGCGCCUCGGGUUGAGUUUGAGCAUUUCUGCUUGAACGCCUGAUAGUGUAGUGGGUUGAUUGAUUUCAAGGGCCUCCCGGGCACUGCCUAUUGUUUUGCAAUUUGGUCGGUUCUUCCCGGUUUUGCAAUUUUCUUUAUGGUGGGAAAUUGGAAAAAAAAAAUCCGGGAAAGGCGUCAACGACAAGUUUGAGCAGUUGGAUUGAAUGCCGCGGCAAUGGAGGUGCGGAAAGUGGGUCGAUCGAUUUUCAGGCCCUGCCUUGCAGUGCCUGUUGGCUGGCAAUGGUCCUUUCUGGUUUCAUUUUCUUCAUCGUUGGAAACGUGAAAUCAAUCUGGGAAGGACAUCAGCCUGCGAGUUUGAGCGAA